CAAAUUUAUUUAGUUAGCGUCAUAAAAUUAUAUCGUGUAAAAAGCAAGGGAGGUAGGUACACAUGAAUGCACGGACAUUGCGCGUAUUAGCAAAAUGUUGGGUCAUCUUGAAAAUGCGAAAGUAAGUCUGUCUGACACCUAUUCACGCUUACACCGCUGAACCGAUUUGGUACGGAGAAAGUUUGGGGACCGAGGAAGGACAUAGGAUAGGUUUUACCAAUCAUCAUCAUCCUUCCGUGCAGAGGGCAAGAGCUAGUAUCUGGAUAUAGGUAGGUAAUACUGCCGAAACGAUUCAUGCGCCGCAGUGGACUUUCCAUUGAAGUUCAAAGGGUCAAAGUACGUAAAGAACUUACUAGGAAACAGCACCCUGAAUGCGUCAUACAUUUUAAUUAGUCAUAAAGACAUCAGCGUAUUUAAUACACCACAACGAAUCGCUGCAGAAAAAUAAAAACAUUCUAUUGAUUUAGUUGUUAUCAUUCUGUUGUCCAUAUGUAUCAUUACUCAUUCUACCGCCGACCAGUCAUGUUCAAAAUCGCAUUUCUCGUCUUUUCAACGGUUUUCGCGAAAUUAGAUAAUCCAAAGCAUGACUAUAUUUUUCACGAGAGGUUUAACAGUUUGCAAGAGAUUCCUAAAUUGAGAAUUGCUUUGCAGCCUGUGAAUGCUUGGGUUUUGAGUUUGAAUAGAGAUGUGGAUUCGUUGAAACUUAGACAAGUUUCAGGGGAAGAAGUGCGGGAGGUGUUUGGUGCUCAAUUAAAGGAUGGUUCCAGUCAUCGUCAGCCCAGAAAGCACAAAGAAGCUAAAAAGUCGUCUAGAGCUAUGCCUAAUAUCGUCGAUGAAAAAGCUAUGCUUGCUGAAAUUAUGAGAGUUAUUAACAAAUUCGCUCUGACUACCCAAGAUGAACCAGGAGUGAAUAUAGACGAUGCAGACAGAGGCCUCCCUUCGAUAAAGUUAUACUUCAAAGGCUCCCACACCUCACUAGUAGUUCGUGCGGAAGGGAGACAGUGGCACUACAUCAUUCGCUCUCCCUCUCUAUUCCCCGAAUGGUUUUACGAACAGCACGAAGUUCAACAAGACGCAAUCGGACCAUAUGUCGAUGUUCCUAAAGAUGUGAGCGGCGAGUUUUACAACGCUCUAUUUCAUUUGUUGACUAUGUUUUCGAGUUUGCCAGUUUAAAAAACAAUUUAAAAAAAAGAGUAGA